AGAGUUUGCAAGCACGCAUAGUCAAGCCAAUUCUUGUCAGAUCUUAAUUUGAGUGCACCUUUUGAUCAGUGAGGACUGGUUGUUCACCUUCAGACCUUAGACCUCCCUGGCCAAAGGGAAAACACAUAAAGGACAGUCGUGCUCGCAGGCUACGCUUUUUGGAAUUAAGGCAGACAGACGUUAAACCGACAGGUGUCCCUGUGUUCAUUCAAACAGUCACAAUGAAGGUGGCAUCCUUUAACGUCAGACGGCUGGGUUUGACCAAAAUGUCUGAUGAAAACGUUGUCAGAUACCUGGUCAAGAUUGUGUCACGCUACAGUAUAAUCGUGAUACUUGAGGUGGUGGACAAAUCAGGCAAAGCCAUGGAAAAGUUCUUGAGGGAGCUGAAUGAUACAAGAGCAAACAAGAAGCACCCUUAUACCAUGGUGGUGAGUUCCUCCUUGGGCCGCACUCACUAUAAGGAACAGUUUGUCUGUCUCUACAGAGAGGACCAAGUGCAGUUGAGGGACACCUACCAGUAUGAGGACAACCAGGUGGGCGAUGAGGAUGCCUUCUCCCGAGAGCCCUUCAUCCUGCGCUUCUCAUCUCCUCACACAGUGCUGCAGGACUUUGUGCUGAUCCCCGUACACACCAAGCCUGAAGACUCCGAGAAGGAGCUGGACGAACUCUAUGACGUCUUCCUGCACAUGAAGAAGAAAUGGAAGACAGACAAUGUCAUGAUUCUUGGGGAUUUCAAUGCAGAUGGUGCCUAUGUGUCCAAGAGGAAGAUGAAACGGAUCAGAAUCCGUAGCGACCCAGAUUUCCACUGGCUUAUUGGGGAUGAAGUGGACACAACUGCAAGCACUACAAAUGACAACACCUAUGACAGGAUUGUAGUCUACCAGAAGGACAUGCUAAGUGCAGUAGUUCCAGGCUCAGCCAAAGCCUUCAACUUCCACCAGGCCUACAGACUCUCUGAAGAGAUGGCUCUGUCCAUCAGUGAUCACUAUCCAGUGGAGGUGACUCUAUGUCCUGCUAAGAAGGCUGCCCGUAAGAGGAGAAUGACAUAAUUAUACAAACAAUUAGUCAUAAACACAUUUUGUUUUAAAAUGUGUGUCUACUCAGGGAUACUGCCAUCACAGGGUUCAUCUUUAACUUUUCACAACAUAUAAUCACACCUGCACAGCCUGUAAGUCGUUUUAAGAAUGUCAAAUGGAACAUGUGUGAAUUUAAAAGCAAAAACAAAAGCAUUCUACCCUCCCUGUAUUUUAUUAUUAUUAUUAUGUUAUUCUUAUUUGCCUUUGCAGGCAUGUCUUACAAUCCCUGCUUUACCCAGCAAGGGGCAGCCUUCUCCUUACUCAUACCAAAUCCUUUUGUAGAAAAACUUUUUUUGUUUUGUGGGACACUGAGAUAUGGAAAUCAAACUGAGCUGAACAUGAUCUGUCAAACAAUAAAAUAUACAAUAAAAUAAAGCAGUUAAUUAUA